AUGUCAAAGGAUUUACUAAAAUUACAAGAACAUUCACCUAAAGUUCUUCUGAGAAAUGAUCCACCACAGGUCACAGAUAGGACAUUCUUCAUCGACGCUUCUAAUCAAAGCCUGACUGCCAUUCCACUGGAGAUCUUGGCAUUAAAGGAAUUAGAAGAAGUGCAUUUGGAAAAUAACCAGAUUGAAGCAAUACCCGAGGACAUUCAGCAAUUAAAGAAUGUCAGGAUCCUCUACCUGAAUAAGAACAAACUGCACGACCUGUGCCUGGAGCUGGGGACGCUGAGCAACCUGGAGGGCCUGGACCUCAGUUACAACCCCCUCCUCUCCUCUUCCCUCCCAGUCAUCAGCAGCCUCCGCUCCCUGCGGGAGCUCCGGCUCUACCAGACUGACCUGAGGGAGAUUCCCAUCCUGAUCUGCAAAAGCCUUCGCCAUCUGGAACUGCUGGGACUGGCUGGAAAUCACCUGGAAUCGCUACCGAAGGAAAUAGUGAACCAGACCAAACUAAGGGAAAUCUACCUGAGGAAAAACCAGUUCAAGGAGUUCCCGCAGGAACUCUGUGUCCUCUAYGACCUGGAGAUCAUCGACCUGGACGAGAACAAACUAACUGCCAUCCCAGAGGAAAUCGGGAAUCUGACGAGGCUGCAGAAGUUCUAUGUGGCUUUUAACAACCUGACCUUUUUGCCCGAGUCUCUGGGCCAGUGUAGGGAAAUAUCAGUGCUCGAUUUAUCUCACAACCUUCUCCAUUCCAUCCCGCGUACCUUUAGUGAGCUCCUGGAGAUGACGGAAAUGGGGCUGAGUGGGAACCGCCUGGAGAAGGUGCCGCGCCUUAUCUGCAAGUGGACCUCGCUGCACCUGCUCUACCUGCGCGACACCGGCCUGUGCGCGCUGCGGCGCUCCUUUAAGCGGCUGGACAACUUGCGCUUCCUGGAUCUCAGCCAGAACCACCUGGACCACUUUCCGAAGCUGAUCUGUGGGCUGAAGAACCUGGAAAUCCUGGCGAUGGAUGAUAAUCAAAUAGGGAAGUUGCCUUUGGAGUUGGGCUUACUUUCGAAACUGAAGAUACUUGGACUAUCAGGAAAUGAGUUCUCUUCCUUCCCAGAGGAAAUCUUUUCUUUGGUGUCUCUAGAGAAGUUAUACAUGGGGCAAGACCAGGGAUCCAAGCUUACCCAAGUGCCAGAACACAUUGGGAAAUUACAGAGUCUUAAAGAAUUGUAUGUAGAGAACAAUCAUCUGGAGUUCCUGCCUGUAUCCUUGGGAACAAUGCCUAACCUGGAAGUUCUUGAUUGCCGGCACAAUUUGCUUAAGCAACUCCCAAAUGCCAUUUGCCAAGCACAAGGCUUGAAAGAGUUGCUGCUAGAGAACAACUUGCUCACCCAUCUCCCAGAGAAUUUGGACCGCCUGGUGAACCUUAAGGUUCUUACACUGAUGGACAACCCCAUGGAAGAUCCCCCUGAAGAAGUGUGUGCUCAAGGAAAUGAGGCCAUAUGGAACCACCUUAAGGAAAACAGAAGAAAGAAAAUAAUGGUCACAAAGAUCCAGGCAUGGUGGCGUGGGACCAUGGUACGGAAAGGAUUUGGGAAAUAUGAAGAACUAAUCAAAACACGAAAGAAAGGAAAGACGUCUCCAAAAGAUAAGAAAGGAAAGAAGGUGGAAAAAGGAAAACCCGUAAAGGAAAAAAAGAAAUAA